CAGCCCCGCCGCACGACCCUUUCUGCCACCCUGGCCACACUGGCGCUCCAGCGACACGCGUCCAUCCUUCGGGGGUUACGGGCUGCUGAUGGCUGGGGUUUCCAUCGCCUUCUGCGCCCUGUAAAACCAUCACAGCCUCCCACCGCCCUUCUGCUGGUGCCUGAUCCCCUAAGAACACGCUGUUCUUACCUCUGCCAUUUUCUUUGAGACCACCUUGAUUCCUUAUGCUUUUGUAGUUGCUGCGUGCUGUGCUGACUAGCCGUUCCUUUCUUUGCAUUUGUUCUUUCCUUCGUUCCUUUCAAGCCAUGCGGUCCUUCAAGCAGAAAGUACUGACAGCCGUGGCAUGGGCUCUACCGGCUCUCAGCGCUGCACUUCCGGCAGUCCAGGGUCACGAUCACGCUCUCAUCCGAACUGAUGGAAAGCAACCCAUCUUGGAGUUAGACCUCCAAGAGAGUUAUGCUCAAGCUACAUUCAGCGUUCCAUGUGCUGGAUGUCUUGGCCAAGAUGACACGGGCCAUGAUGACGACUCUCUUAUACUGAGUUUCAAGACACAUUCCUCCAAAAAACCAUGCGGAGCUUCUAACAUUACUUUGAACGGCAUUUACUUGCCCCAAGAAUGGAACGGUGACCUCGCCUCAGGCUCAGGAUCUUUCAGAGGGGUACCCGACAUCCAGGAGAAUGCCUGGUUCCUCCAGCACGACUUGGAUCUUGAGUGGCAGUCGGCGUGUCUUUACGGCAACGAAACCGCUACAGAGGAGAACGCGAACGAUGCCGCACAAGUCCUUACUGUGACUAUCAAAGGUAUUGAUGGUAAAGUGCUCAAUAGGCCUUCCGGUUUCACCGUCUCCUUCAAGCAGCUCUCCCCACCUGAGCUCUUAAGACUCGAAGCCACUCCCAACCGCUCGGCCAGUAAUAAAGAGCAGGCCGAGACCUGGCGUGAACCUCCACCUCACCUUCGAUUGAUCUUGUCACCCCCUGAGAACGUCCACUUCAAGUCCAGUGAUAUCCCAGGCCAGCUUUCCCUUGAAGACGAAAUCCGUGAACUCAGGAUCCUUCAAGCCGAGGUCCAAGAGUUGCACGAGGUCAUCAAGGAGAAGAGGAAACAUAUCAAAUCGCAGCUAAAGAAAGAAGCCCAAAGCUUGAAAGAAGAACUACAGGAGUGUGAUAGCGUCACUUGCGUUAUCAAGGCCAUCGCCCACAAAGCACACGGUGCCUGGAGAAUCAUCUACAUCCGCUUCCGCCCUCUUCAUCACCACCACGGCCAUGAAAUGGGUCGUCCCGAUGAGCAAGAUCCAUAUGAUCGAGUCUGGCGCGCUGGUAACCACAACCAAGCUCCGGAAGCUAAUGUUGAAUCGGUACCUCCGCCACCACCUCAUGGACCACCUCACCCACCCCACCAUGGCCCUCCACCUCCACCUCCACCGCAUCAUAAACCUGGUCACCACCCUCCACCUCCCCCACCUCCUCCUCGUCACCAUGGCCCACCCGAGCCUCCGUAUUUCCUCGCUAUCAAGAUCAUAGCAGGUGUUCUGUGCUGUGGGUGCCUCUUCGCUGUGAUCCGUCACCGCUGCAGCUCCCCCCGCACUCGCACUGAACGCGCCGCCCUUCGCGAGGAACGCGCCAAUGAACGAGCGUACCGUCGUGCGGCUCGUCAACACGCAUGGCGCAAAUGGUGGCGUCGCAACUGGCGGGAUCAAGACCGCAUCGACGACUAUGAGGAGAAGCGCGCGCUCAUCCAGGAACAAGAAUCCGUCCUGGAAGACGCCAUGCAGGAGGAAAUCCGGCAACUCCGCGAGGCCCACGGCGUCGUGAGGUCCAUCGUGCAAGCCGAGGAAGGUCGAGGCGUGUAUCCUCGAUGCAACACCGCCCACAUGCAUAUGCACAUCCCCUGCCACUGCCAUGCCCACGCACACGUCCCUAGCCCCAACUACUCCCCUGUUUCCUCCGCAUACACAUCUUCCUCUCUCCCCUCACUCCCCUCACGCCCGCUCUCCCGGACGAACAGCCUCCCAGACUAUCGCUCAGACACAUCAACCGAGCCUCCAGCCUACGAAGAGGACGAAGACAUGUCCGAUGUUGUCGUCAACGGCUUCCGACAAUACACACCAUCCACAUCAUCUGGCAGUACACGGUGGACACCCGAGAGCAGUGUAAUUGAUGUGAGCCCACGUCCGAGUGCGGAGACUCUACGAUACGCCGGCACAGGAGGGGAGACCAGGGACGCAGAUCAAUUCGCCGAGACAACGGAGACGAAUUUCGGAAACGCGAAAAAUUAAAGUAUUGGGCUGGGGACAGAGCCUGUAUGGCACGGCGUUGUUUGGAGGGCGAGAUAUGUAUAAUUGGUAGGCGACCGGCUCAAGAC